UGUGAUGCUCAUUAUAUUCGUGUAUGCGAAAAUUUCUAAUCACAUCUACGACUUGCCCAUGCUUCGACAAGUUCCUAGGACCGCCGCUGAUAUGUCCCUCCGCUCAUUGUGGUGUGUUUGCUGCAGAUGGAUCGAUUUCUUCAUCAGUGGAUAAAAGAAGCAGCUCACCCUGCCGGCCGGAUGAUGAUUCUCACUGUGGCAACAAAAUAACAUAUUCUGGACCAGACCUUCCGGAGGACAUCUGGCGUCAUAUACAUUUCCUACUGCCAAUGCAAGAUGCUGCCCGUGCUGCCUGUGUGUCUCACUCCUUUCUAUGCUCCUGGAGAUGCUAUCCCAAUCUUAUCUUCACGGAAGAAACAAUGUGCUCCAAAGAAAAUUUACGUAAGAGAACAGUGGGAUCAAAUGGUAUACAAGACUACAACAACAAUAUCCACCGUGUUUUAACAAACCACUCAGGCGCUGGCGUGAGGAAAUUCAGGCUUGAAUAUCAUGUUCCUUAUGAUGCAAAAUCAUAUCACCGUCUCAGUAGUUGGCUUCAGAUUGCUGUCACACCAAGUAUUGAAGAACUCAACCUUGUAGUAUGGCCCAAAGAGGCAACAUUUAUUUCGCAAAAAAGAAAGAAAAAGGCAACGUUUAACUUUCCAAUCACACUUCUGUCUGACCUGUGUAAAGGCUCAAUUCAGCAUCUUCACCUUACCAAUGUGGACCUGCAUCCAACAUUUCAACUUGGUUUGAGAACCCUGAAAUCGCUGCAUCUGCAUGGCGUGAAUAUUACGGGGGACGAGUUAGGGUGCCUUCUAUCUAAUUCCUUUGCUUUGGCACACUUGAGACUUCAAUAUUGUCAUGAUCUCAUUCGCCUGGAGAUACCUUGUCUGCUGCAGCGGCUCAGGUACCUGGAGGUGCUUGAAUGUAGCCUUCAGGUGUUAGAGAUCAAUGCCCCAAAUAUCUCAAGAUCCCGCUUAAUAGAUUUUAAUGUGCAACUCUCGCUUGGAAAGUCACGAAAGAUGAAGUACCUGAUGUUGAACAGUAGCUGUGUCAUCAGUUAUGCUAUUGACAACCUUCCUUCCUGUGUGCCAAAAGUUGAGACUCUCACCAUACAUUCUAGUUAUGAGGUAUCACGAGUGCAGUCCAAGUAUGACUGGUUUGAGGGGGAUCCCUCAUCUCUGAGACAAAUGUCAGAACACCGCCAUCGCAACCUCAAGAGUGUGAAGAUCAGCAGUUUCUGCCCCCAAAAAAGCAUGGUUGAGCUAGCACGUCAUAUUCUUGAGAAUGCAACAUCGCUCGAGUGCUUUACAUUGGACACCACUCCUGCUAGUUACCGAUGUUCUGGCGAUAUACUGGACAGGAAAUGCCCUCCACUGGAAACUGAAUGUAUAAGGGAUGCACAUAAAUCACUCUUGGCUGUGAGAGCAUACAUCGACGGGAAAGUUCCCUCUACAGUCAAGUUAACCCUACCAGGGCCUUGCAACCGGUGUUAUGCUCUGUGA